GUUCCAUUGCUUGUUGAACCAAUUGUUGGUAAAGAACCAGGCAUAUUUAUCCGCUAGCACGUCGAUUAGCUAUGUUCCUCUCAGACGACUCAGGACUUACCAUUUUCCUUGACUAUGAAAUUGGCCUUCUUCUUAUCUGCAUACAGCCACGCGUACUCGGAACACCGACUGGCUCCGUAUACGUCCUGUUCGUCUGGAUCAGUGUCCUCUGCUGGCAACGAUUUUGAACAGCCAUGACCACCGGUAAGGUACGUACCACUUCUGUUGGC